AUGAGCUUCCAGUUUUCUCGCCCCCAUACCAUGCCCAGUGCAGGCCCUCAAGCCGCCUUUGCCUCCACCAGAGACUGGGAGGUCCAUCGCCCAGUCAUCACAGACCUGUAUGAAGGCAAGAAUAUGACCUUGAAUGAGGUUAUGAGAUACAUGGAAUCACGACAUGGAUUCAAAGCAACUGUCAAAAUGUACAAAAACCGAAUCAAGCAGUGGGGAUUGCGCAAGAAUCUUCGGUCAAGCGACGUCGAGAGAUAUGUACAAUCUGGUUCCGUUCAAGGGGAUAAUACACAAAUCCCAGAGUUGCGUGGGCGCAAGGCCAGCCAGCAGAGAAUAACUACAUACCUACGCCGAAAACAAGAGAGAGACAGCAAAAGGCUUGCAGUUGCUUCACAGGUCGGUCCAGCAAGGCCAACACCGCUCAGGAUGAAGUCGAAUACAACGGGCACCGCAUUACUUACGGAUGCAUCUGGCUUAGCUUACUCCUCCCUCUGCUCUCCGCAUGACUUUCGAUGGCAAGAGCAGUGCUUUUACGUAACGCGCUGCUGUUUGGAAAGCAGUUUCGAUUUCGUGUCUUUGAAAUUGGAUUCAGAGCACGAAGACCAUGGAAAGGAGGCCCUAAACUGCAAUAAUUACAUUGUCACGGCCUUGCGGCUCAUGCGCGGCGGGAAACGCAGACAGGCAUAUCGCAUAUUUGAAAGGUGCAAUCACUUACUCUAUCAGGCAUUCCUAAGGGGCUAUCGGUAUGAGAUUCUCCUCGACCUAUUUCGACGAACCCUGGAGGUGUACCAAAAUUUGCCUGAUCUUGCCGCGUAUUGGUCACAAGUCCUUCAAGCGUAUUCAAACUCCGCCUACAGAGCUUCAAAUCACCUAGUUGCAACUUUCUUGGGAAUUUUGUGUAACAUUGCACCGAACAAAGUCUAUGAAUUCGGUCGUAUGUAUCUGGAGGGCUACAUGAACUUGAUGCGCGAAUAUCUUCCAGCACAUAGCGACCUUCUUUGUAAUAUGGUCAACGAAAACUUUUAUCGUCUAUAUCGCAUCGACCUCAUAGACAAGGACACUGCAGUGGCUGCUAUACUAGCUAAUGUUUCAAGAUUGAUUGAAUCGGGCAGGCAACGGUCUCAACCAUACCUGUGCGCCAAGUAUUACCUUGCAUGGCUGUACUACUCGGACGACGACUGGACAGCAAUGUUGCGAACGACGCAGGAUAUUCUGUCUCUAGAAGAUAGUGGGCUCGAAGUUUUUUCCUUCUACCGUACGUCAUGCUAUGAACUACAAUUCGAAAUGUACCGUGCCCAGGGCAAUGAGCACGCCGCUAUCGCAGCUGGGCAAAAACGUAUCAAGUGUUGCAUCGAUGAAUUCGGCAUGGCUGACGAUCGGACCAUCGAUACACUCAACGAUUGCGAAGAGUUUCUCAGAGAGCGUGGACACCUAAGUCCGGCAAACCAGACCGAGAAAAUGUUAGAAGAUGCUAUAGAUGAACUGUGCCUGGGUGUAGGGAAGCUUGAGUUGUAG